UAUUCCACGAGAUUUCACUGCGCUCUCUCCAAACAAACAUGGCGGACUACAAAGAAGCGCCCUUGGCCACUCGGCCGAGAACCCUGGAUCCAAACGACUAUUUUAACCUUUCACCAGAAAAGAGACGUGCAGACGAAGAGCGAGCUGCAGUACGAGCCAAUUUGAAGAGACAGUACCAAACACAACUCAACAACCCGCACAGAAAGGAGCUCAUCGAAGAUCCUGCUCUGACUCGCUGGGUGUAUGCUCGUACCAACCCCUAUGCCCACUUUCGACCAACAUUCAAGACUUCUAUGUUUGGGUUUAUGUUUGGAGUUUUUCCCCUUUUUGCUCUCUACUACAUCUUCAAAACAGACAGGGAUCGAAAAGAGGCGCAGAUUAAGGCCGGGACCCGUGAACGCAGGUUCGGUCUGUCAUCAUGAGCGGCUGUACAAAGUCUAGUUCUUGUGAUUUAAAUGUGUGAAAUUAUUAUAAAUAAAAUAAAGUUCUAUUGUGAA